UAUUAUUCCAUCUCAACGACAUAAGCGGUCAUUUACCUGACAUGACCUAAUUAAUUAAUUUGUCAAUUCACGCUUAAUAAGGUAUAUUUAAAAGGUGAAAUUGACAUCCAUUUCGACGAGAUUACCUGUCCACCCUAAUUUCAGGUGUGCAAUAGACUCGCUCACGUUUUCGUGAGAAUAACAACAAUUCAAAAUGGCGAACGGACCUCCGAAAUACAAAAUCAGCCCUGGAAUGCGCCUUUACUGGUGCGGGCUGAUUUCAUCAAUCGCCGCUUUCUUCUUUAUGUUCCUGGGGUUCUGUAGCCCCUAUUGGUACCAGUCAUGGCGCCGAGUUCACAGUUCUCUGGCCAAUGUUGGUCUCUGGCAUAUUUGUCUUUCCGGUUACAUUAAACCAAGGGAUCCAUCUCUACAGAGCUAUGUUGGUUGUUGGUGGAUUCACUCCAGUUUCUUCAGCGAUGUUGACAAUUUCAUCAUGCCACCCUGGUUUCGUGCUUGCCAAGCGUUAGUAUGUUUCACCUUGAUCUGUAACCUGGCGUCCCUGAUUCUGUGUGUGAGUUACAUUGUCGGGAAGUGGAGGAAACGCAUCUACCAUGGACGAUACGUUCUCAUACACAUGAUUAACUCAGUUGUUCUGUUCGCUGCAGCAUUCCUGGUGUUAAUUGUGUCGCUUGUGUUUGCUGAGAUGUCACGCCAGGAGAACUACUUUCCCCGGCCAUGGAUGAACUAUCUUUCAUGGUCUUUUGGAUUCAACGUCCUGUCUGGGUUUUUCAGCGCGUUUGCGGGCAUUUGCUUCUUCAUUAUGGCCAUGAUCUUGAAGGAGAAGUUAUUCAGAGAUGAUGACCGUAUAGAGAAGGAGCUGAAGACACCCAGCAGGGGCACUGAAUCGGUUGUCACCGCGCCACUCUCUGUGGCAGCAACUGAUAAAAGCAAGGCGGAGUCUUUCGUGUAGUCUACAGUGUGGACUUUUUCUCUGUACAAAAAACCUUUUAAUGUGUUAUUCUAUUACAAUGUGUAAUUGACAGAAGUAUAUGUUGUUCAUCAUAGUGACAAAAUAUUCUGAUUUCCAUCUGUAAUGAUUUGGGUUUUUUUGGUUAAGAAUUUAGUGACAAACUUCUUUAAGCAGAAUGAUCUAUACCUUCGAAUGACCUUUUUUUAAGUUCUCUUUUUAGCUGUCUACCAGAAUGGUGGUGUAGUUAAAUAUCAUACACUAAAUCUAUAUGGAACACUUGCAAAGGACUUAGCUGGAAAUAAUUUAGCAAAAGGAUGUGUUGAAAUUUAUGUCCCAUGUUGUUUUGUUUCUUUCAAACCUUCUAAAUUGGUUUAAUUGUUAGAUCUAACAUGAUUUAAAUCAAUGUUUUCAAAAUUGGUUUUUGUUGUUAUAUGAAAAUAAUUAAAGGCGUUUUGGAAUUUGGUCAAUUAGUAAGACAAUUUAAAAGAUAAGUUACAAAAUGCUGUUACUGGUUGUAAACAUACAUGUAUCAUACAUGUAGUAUAUAUAUAUAUGCUCCAUUCAUUGUUUUUCUGGAUUAUACUAGAGGCCGUAAUUUAAGACUUAAAUUAAAGGAGGACCCUAGCAUUGAUAUUUCAUUAAAUGGAUCUGUUAAUUCUAUAAAUUUAAAAAGGGUUUUAUGUAGAUGACAGUUUUAAUUAACCCAAGUGCUUUUGUGACCGUAUGUAAGCUUUUUGAACCAUUAAUGUAUACCUGUGCAAUCUCAUUUUGUCAUCAAUUAUAAUAAUGUUAAAGGGGAGAUAAAAACAAAGGGGAGUUUUCAUUGUUAUAAUUAUUAUGCUAGCAUAAAAAGAAACUGCAUUAUACUGAAAUCUCUGUAAAAUAAUGUCAAGUUGUUUCAUGAUGAUAUGAUGUUUACUUUGAUUAUAUAACAAAUCUAAAAAAAAUGUUACUGUAGAAUGGAGACAUAUUUCCUCAAAAGAUAUGACAAUUUUCAGAAUUAACUUUAAAAAAGGCCAUUUUUGUGGUUAUCUAAGAUUGGGUAUAUUCUUGCAUGCACAGUUUCUUGACAUUCUCCUAAUAUAUUUUCAAAAAAACAUAUGGCUCUCUUUUGUCUUUGCACAAUAGAGCUUGAAAUGUAUUAUAGUGUUAUUACUAGAAUUGAAAGGGACAUUACCAUCUCUUUCAUAUGUUCAUGAAAUAUGAUGCUUUACUUUUAAUCAGCUUCAGUUGUGUGAAAAUGUUUGCAAUAUUUUUAGGCACGCAAUUCGAACAUGAUGGAAAUGUUGGAAACAGCUCCAGCAUAUUUUUUGUGAAGCUGUCUAAACGUCAUGUAAGCAUUCCAUUGCUUUGACAAUACAAACAUUAGUUUUCGUCUGAUGGUUUUAUUUUGUAUUUCUGUACUGAGGUCAAUUUGUAUAUAAACAUAUUUUAAGUUGUAAAUAUAUAAGAUUGAUUUUGACAAAGUCAAUUUAUUUUUGUAGAUAUAUCAAAUUUUCAUUACAUGUAUAUAAUCACUUUUAUCUAGAAUAUCAGUGCUAUGAUAGUAUAUAAGGGCAGAGAAAAUAUGUAAUAGAUUCUCAUCCCCAGCCAACCCCUGUCCAAGCACACCAACAAAACCCUUCUUGUACAUAUUUGGAAUUGGCCAUUCUAAGCAAAAUUUAAAUAUAAAAAAUAACCUUCCCUAUUUUUAGCUCUUCGAAAAAAAUGUGAGGUAUUGCAUACCCCUUGCCCUGGCUAUUACUUAACAAAGCAUUGAAUAUAUAUAUACAAUUGAAACUUGGUUCCCAUGUUGCUACACUUGUUGCCAGAGACAUUACGCACAAUUUUAAUAGCAUCACCCAUCACUAUGGUUUAAAUGAUUGUGGAGUUCUGUCCCUUGCUCAAUUAAAAUAUAAUUAACUGACUAAUUGUGGUACUGUGGGGCUCAAGUUUAAAAUAUUGCAUCAUGAGAAUCUGAACUUUUUCUCUGUCCUUCAAAUCUUACAUUCCAUUUCAUUUUACACAAACUACCACUUGUUGCUUUAAGAAGUUUUAAAUAUUAGCAUACAAAGAUUCAAAUGUUAAGAAAGCAAGUCAAGGUAAUGGUAGCACAGUUCCUUAUAUCAUGUACAUGAACUGUUUGGCAAAUGUAUGUUGAUUCCUUGUCUUGUAGUUGGAAUGAUAAAGAAAAACGAUUUGAAUCUUAUAACAUAUUAAGAUUUCAUUUUUGUUGAAGGGAACAAGCACAUAAAAUAUGCUGCAAUUUUGAUUGCUUGCACACUGUAAAUAUUUCUUUUUAUACCAUAAAUAUUAUAUGAAUAAAUAAUAUCAAAGUA